UUUGAAGGUGUUCCGCUGUUCUUUCUCUGUAUUUGUAGUGAUUGGUUGAAUGUUAUGGCGGGGGUGUACAAAAUACGGCUGUCACACUAAUACCGAUAUCCCAGAAGCACUUGCUGGAUUUAAUCGCGCUUCUCUCAUAUUGAUUUUCUGGAAAUAAUCAUGACAUAUGUGAGUUUCAACAUCAAUCUCAUGUUCCGCAGAAAUACAAUCUUGCCUAUGAAGACUGCAUUUGUUUUAUUUAAACCGGGUUUAAAUGUCCUAAUUAUCAGGACAACAACAUUUUGCAAUGUGAAAUAUCCAUCUAGUUUGUGCAAUCCGAAUAUUCAAUUACCCAGUCAUAGUUGCAUUUUAUUCCCGGUAGUGGUAGGCUUAACAGAAUCAAAAGUUUAUAUGAUUAUAUUCGCACCAAUAACCCUCACGACUGCACCAAUUCGAUUAGUCAAGUAAUGAGGAAAAGGAAAGCUGAAAAACGCCCAGACCAACACGAGAGGCGCUGUCAGCCAAAGGUUGGCCUGCUUCAAAGCUAUUUAGAAUAUGUGGGAAGUUUCUUGUGACAGGUGUCUGGAAGGUUUCAGCAACCGAUCCAAGCCUUGCGUAGGUAUUAGUCACCCAGAGGAGAACUGCUUUAGUCGCUUCGAUCAGCAUUAUUAGUGUAUAUUAUCAAGAAGUGUAGAUAUUCGUUUGAUUAAAAAUCGAUGAUUGCGACGGUUACCGCGAUUUCUUAAAUAAGACUUUAAUUUUUAAUGUCGAUGUUUUAUGUUUAAUUUGUGGAAUUAUAUUUUAAAAGUUAUAUUUUGAGAGCAAAGUAAAAUUAAGAACAAAGAUAGUAUACCAUUAAAAUAAAAUAAGCCUAAUUUUUCAGACAAAAAUCUAGCCUAAUAAUCGUAACAUAAUAUUUGAAAGUGAAUUAUGGACCGUUUAAAACUGGUGUUGCAAUAUUUUCAAUCAAACUCCGAAUCGAUUUCAAACGGGAUUUGUGUUAUACUGGCUCUGAUUAGCGUGAAGCUGUACACCAGUUUCGACUUUAACUGUCCUUGUAUUCCCCAAUACAACAAGCUAUACGCAUUAGGGGUGAUGUUUGUGCCUCCAGUAAUACUCUUUUUCUUGGGGGUGAUUAUAAACCGGCACACCGGGGUGAUGAUGGAGGAAUGGGUAAGACCAAUUGGGAAGAGAACGAAAAAUCCAGCUGUUGUCAAGUAUCUGUGCUCAGCGAUGAUGCAGAGAUCCCUGCUAGCGCCUAUGGUCUGGGUGCUGGUCACACUGCUGGAUGGAAAGUGCUUCAUUUGCGCCUUUAGCAUGAGUGUGGACCCCCGGCAUUUCACAGGGAUACCCAACAACACCGGCAUGGACCUUGUCCGGCUGAUGGCCAAGGUGCCGUGCAAAGAGGACGCGGUGUUUCAUAACAGCACCUUCCGGAAGGCCGUCACUCGCUAUGUGCGCUGCUACUCACAGGCCAUCGGCUGGUCCAUCUUGCUGUUCCUUAUUCUCCUGGGAGCCAUUAGCCGAGUCGUGAAGCCCUGCUUCGAUCACGCCACAUUCCUGCAAACGCGCUACUGGAGCAACUACCUAGACAUCGAGCAGAAGCUCUUUGACGAGACCUGCGUCCUGCACGCGCGGGAAUUCGCCCGCAAGUGUGUCCAUCAGUUCUUCCAGAGCAUGCAGGAGGACAUGCAGCUGCGGCUUCAGCUGCCCCCCCCUCACUGCCACCCCAGUCACCGGGAUGAGGAGUGUGAGGAUGAGGACCAUCUCCACGGAAUCACCAGAGACGAACAGGUGGACCGCGUGCUCCAUACCUGGUACUCUUGCAGACCUGAGUUGGAUGUGACGAAGACUGCACAUCAGCCCAAAGUGUGCAUCACUUGGGAAGACCACAACGGCCGGACGCUGUUCUCAGAUGUUUAAUUCCUGCCAUGAAAUCCUGGAAGGUGGAUCCUGAGAGACCAGAUGCAGUUUAAGGCCCUGAGGGUUGUAUGUCUUUGUACCGUCAUCUCCUGUGAUCAUUGUAUCCUUAUCAUGGCUGGUAUAGAAUGCUUGUCAUUUGUACCUGUGUUCACUGUGAUUUCUAUGAAGGAAAAUGACACUUUUAAUAAAUCUUUUGAAAAGAAAAAUAAGAUGAACAAUUGCCCUAUAAAACAGCUAUAGCAGUGUGUGUGGGGGGGGGGGGGUCAUGUGUAUAUUACAUUAUGGGGACCAAAUGUCCCUACAAUGUGAAAAAAACUGUAAUUUUGACAUGGGGACCAUUUUUUUGGUCCCCGCAAGGGGAACCUCAAUUUUAUAAAUAAAAAACCAUACUUGCAAUCAUCCAUCCAUUCUCAGAAACUACAUACCCUACUCAGGUUUGCUAGGGAGGCAGAGCUUACAGGCACAUGGAAGGGAACAACCCAGAAUGGGGCAUCAGCCCAUCAUAGGACACACUCACACAUCAGUCACUCACACAUGUUAACUCCAAUUAGCCUCAGCAUGUUUUUGGACUGUGGGGGGAAACCAGAGUAAACUCCACACCAACAUGGGGAGAUCAUGCAACUCCACAAACAUGGAGCCAUGGCAGACUCGAACCCAGGUCUCAGGUUAAAUCUUCUGGGCCAUCUAACAAAAUAUCACUUUGGACCCCUCUGUCCAGUUUUUUGUAUUCAAGGGCUCCUGUCAGGUGCUGGACCCCUGCAUCUGCCCUGGUUUCCAUACCCCUCCAAUGCCCCUGUAUAGGCAGAAGCGGUUGUUUUGUACCACCCCCCAGCCCAAUGAAAGCCUACUCCCCCCUCUACAUCCACCUCUGAUUUUUGUUUACAUGUGGACAUCCUCAGAUAUUUGAAUGUGAUUAACUUGACCCGAGACUAUUUGAAUGCGCUGGCUUUGUCAUUGCCGGCUUUUGCAUACUUAGCCUCGGAUCCCAUUGCUGAGCAAUAGCUCUAGGAUGUAUGUAGAUGCUCACCGACCCCUAAUUCAGUCGUCCCAGGAACCUCAUCGGCAAACACACACACCUCCAUCAA